GUGCCGCAGUCAAUACGGCAAGUGCAAUGGCAGCUAGUGGUGAAUCUGUUGAUCACGCUAUAACAGAGGAUGUGCUACUCAUAGAUCCAAAACGUGUAAUGCAAAUGAAAAGCAGGGAGCUUGUCCGUCUUUGCAAAAAGCUAGGCAUUACAUUUGAUACGAUCUCUGAUCAAGGACGCUCACAGUAUGUCGAAGCUUUCUUGCAGCGUCUCAGUGAUAGUGGAAAUUUCAUUCCUGCAAAAGCUCCUUUGGCGUCAGCGUUGGUAAGAGUCAAAGAAAAGCGAACUCACUUACAAGAAAAGAUGCUCCCUCUCAUUGACAAAAUAGAGUCUUUUCUCAACAAAAGUGAUUUAAAGCGUUGGUUGAAUAAAUUAGGCAGCAAGGAGUGGAUUGAUCAAGUGAAAUUCCAGACGAUUAGAGAAAAAAUUGAAAAAGAAGUACCAAAACUACUUGUUUGUGGUUGUACAUCUGCAGGAAAAAGCUCGAUGUUAAAUGUUUUAUUGGGAGAAGAACUACUUCCUGUUGGGCACGAUUCUGCUACUUCAGUACUGUGCGAAAUAUGCUAUACAGAAAAAAGGGACGAGAAAGCUGCAAUCGUAUACCUCAGAAAGGGAAGCAAGGAAAGAAAGCAAAAGCUAAACUUGUGUGACGCAAAAGAUCGAUCACUGUUUCAAGAUUACCUUCUCAACGGGCGAGAUUCAUCAAAACACCCGAAAGAUGCUAACGAAGAAGAAGAUUGCUUCAGAGUGGAAAUGCUGCUGCAUCUAGACUUUCUACAGGGUAUUGUGCUUGUGGACAGUCCUGGAGUAACUGCAGACAGUGAUUUGGCGGCUAAAGUGAAUCUACUUGAACACUGUCGUCACAAUACGCAUUGCGGAGUUGUGUAUGUUCUGGAUCCGUCAGCAAGAUCAAGUGAAGAAGCCUCUAAGGCGGGAGGACUUGUUCAAGCGUUUAUAGAAGAAUCCGACAGUUUUACAAUUGCCAGUUCGGCUCUUUUUGUCGCAAACAAAUGGGAUCUAGUUGAACAGGAGCAAAUUGUUCACGAAGUAUUGUUGCAGCAUCUAGCAAAGCUAUGGCCUGGAUUUCAAGAACAUCAAUUAGUAACCAUUUCUUCUAAGUUAUCUGCCCGUUAUUUGGCGGUAGGAGAGGUUGAUUCAAAUGUUGAAACGUUAUGUAAAGGAAUCGCAGAUGUACUUGCCUUUGGAGUUGAGAACAUAAUCGUGGAAGCUGCAAAAUUAUGUCUCGACCUUCUGCAAUUUAUUUCUGACGCUGUUCACCGCACUUUACGCAGUUUCAACAUGCGUCCAGAAAAACGAGACGCCAAAUGGAAUCGAGACAGGCGAUGCUUAGAGCGGCAACAAAACGAUUAUAAGAACGGAAAGUUAGGCGACAUGGUAAAACAGCUACAGUCCAAAAUUGCCAGUUUUUCUCAAUGUUUGGAAAGUUGUUACAAGUCAGGAGAAUUAGAAGACACGAUCACAAUGUUGGCACAAGAAAAGUCUAAACAGCUAAAAGACUUCACAGCUUCUGAUCAGCGCAAAAUCGUGGGUUUUUUCAUUGUUGAAACUCUUAUGGAGACAAUAGAAAAUCGUAUUGAAUACACUGAAAUUAAGAAUUGGUGCGAAAAUGAUCUGGAAGUGAUGAAAGCUUGCGCUGACGUUGGAUUGCGCCUUCCAGACGUAUCGACUCGUAAUAGUACAUCUAGAGCUUCUUUAGACCACUGCAUCAGCGGCUCGUCAAAGGAGACCAUGCUAGAACGUUUUUCGUUGUCAAAAUUGGCCACGUUGUUACGGUUGCCACCUAGAUUUGUCAAAUUGUUGGUACGUGUAUCUACUUUAGGUUUUUACGAUUUGGUCAAGAUUAUACCAAAUUACGUUAUAAAUGACUUACACGGCAAACGAUCGUUUGAGCAGCAAGUAACAAAAUAUUUCAACGAAUAUUUUCUCAGUUUACUUUGCAAUAAUAAAGCGAAAUUAAACAAGCUGUUAGAAGAAUUGUUAUCGAAUGAAGUUCUUUCUGUAAAACUGUUACUUGAUGACGUUCCCCAAAAGCUUGCCAAAGACUUUCGAGAUCUAAACAUCUUAGCACAACAAGAUGAACUACAUGCGAACGAAUACAAGCGUUUACUCGACGAAACAACCGAUAUUUGGAACCAGCUAGCAGAAACAGUCGUCAAAUUAAACAUUCACAAAUGGCGCAAAGACUCUCUCACAACAUUAUGUUCGAAAUCUAGUGAAACAUCGUACGCAACAUCGACAUUGGAAGACGAGAUUUUUGAUGCACGUCUGCAGCCUUCAACGUUGGCCGGACGUUUUGAUGAAAGUGUAGUUGUAGAGAUUGUCAAUCAAAGGUCGACAUCAACAAUUGAAAUGCAGAAAAUAUUGACAGUGGCUCUACACAGCUUUCAACUCAGACAUGAAAAUAUCAUCAAAGUUUUUGGAUCCGUGCUGCUCGAGUCAGAAACUUCAACUGUCGGCUUACUCUUUGAGCAAUGUAUGAAAGUGCAAGCUUCAAAUGAGAUAUUUUCACGAGACGAACAAAGUCCAAGAAAACUCGAGAGAGUCAAUGAGAUGGCGCUUCAACUCACGAAUGCUAUUUGUUUUUUGCACGAUCGCGCAAUUGUUUUCGGUGGCUUCAAAACGGAUGACUUAAAGAUUUCUUCUGAUGGUGUGAUUAAACUUGUUCCUCCUCCAUUCAGCAAACCGUUGUGGUCGUUAACUUCUAACCUUGAGAGUCCCUUCCACAACGAUGUUACAUACGUUGCUCCUGAAGUUCUCUCACAUUAUUUGUACGACGAAUCGGCUGACGUCUACAGUCUAGGAAUUAUACUGACUGAAAUAUGGAAUGGCCGUCGUGCUUAUGACGCAGACGAAACAAGUUUGCUUGAAACAGUUCUGGAGUUUAAAGACAAGGUGGAGAGUGGUGAGAUGAGACCAAGAAGCAUAAUCCAGCUGUCAGAAACUUAUGAGCUUCUAGGCAGUGAGAAGGCUCUAAAAUCAUUAGCGGUUAGAUGGCAAGACCUCGUUGAUUUGUGUUGGAACAACGAGUCGGCAGAAAGACCAACAGCAGCGAAAGUUCGUGAGAAACUGGCGGAAGCGUCCCAGGCGUCGUAACUAAAACAUAUAGACAAGAAUUUAUGUUUACUUUUACAGCAAUGUUUGCUUUGCAUCUCUAAUUUUUGCACGUGAAAGCUGAUACAACUAUUAUAUUGCGGUAAUUUGUUUUUAUUUUGUGACGUUGUUUUACUGUUGAAAGACGUUAUACUAUAUGCAGCCCUGCACAAAAGUGAGAUUUAUGUAUCGUAUAACUUUGGCAUGUUAUUCGGUCACUUUGAAUUCAUGCGGUUACU